AUGAAGGGGGCAAACUCUUCGGCACACUCGUGGCACCUCGCACGAAUACCUUUAUACCCGUCAACACGUCCAAAUAUGAGACAGGGCGCCGGGGCGCAAGAUCAGGAGUGCAGGUCGACCUUCAAAGUCUUCGCAGACGUUACAUGGCCACGAGAAAGACUCCAAACUAACAGGAACUACUCCUCGACCCCACAAGACCUUCUUGCCAACGUUUCAUCGUCGUCGCUGGCACAUUGCGACUUAAAUCGCGUGAAGAGCAAAAUCGUCGAAAACGCCCCGAUGCGCCAUGCAACAACGAAGCGGCCAAAAUCCCCGAAACUUUACUCCUACACUAUUCCAAACGUCCUCUAUAACCUCCAACUUUAA